AUUGCCGUUUGCAAAAAUUUCUUUCCGAGGCAAGUUGACCACGAACCGAAUCGCUCUGGAUGCUGGGAUGAGCACGGAGCCUCCAAAAUCCGGAAUUCGCGCCGCUCUCGAGUACACCGGUAUUCCCAAAUCAUGGCUCUCUAAACGACCCAAGCUGCCCUCGCGGAACUGGCUCAUCUUCCUCACCGUCACGUCCUCUCUUACUGGCCUCUUCGUUUACGACCGCCGACAAUGCAAGAAAAUUCGACAAGAAUACAUAGAUAAGGUCAAGCAUCUUUCGGAGGAGACUCCAGACCAUCUGUCAUACCCUAGGAAGGUUACGGUAUAUGGAAGUAAAUGGCCUGGAGAUGAGGACCACGACCAGAGUAUGAGAUACUUUAGGAACACACACAGCCUAUCUUGGUCGCUGCCUGCCGUGGACUAUGAGAUGGUGAACGGAAAACGACAUGGGGAUCUCGCGACCCGUAUCGCCGACGAGGUAAAAAAGCGACGGCGGUUAGACCUGGGUCUGGAUAGUCCUGCAGACCGUGCUGGGAUGCCUCCGCGGUAUACGUGGCGCACGAAGGAGCAGCUGAGGGAGCAAGAGCUGAACGGGGAGCUGCUCGACAUUGUUGACCACGAUGAGGAGCUGUCGAAGGAGCUGGAGGCCGACGGGCGAUGCAUAAUUCCCAGUUCUACGCUUCCUUACAAGCAAAGUCCUUCUUUGCCGCCGCCGUCACCCGCCUCUGCCAUGGACGUCCCCGCCACUAUCCCCGCCCUACCGCCAAUUUUGCUCGUCUCAUUCGUCGACUACGUCGGCAUCAAACUGGUGCCCCACAUGAUAUGGGACUGGAUGAACCGCCGACACCACGUUCGCGCGGGUGCAGAGGCCGGAUACCGACUAGUCAUGGCUAACACGCGUCCCAUCAACCCCCCAGCAACUAAACCUCUAUUCUCCGAUAUUACCAACGCCCCCACGCCAGAUACGGAUGUUGAUUUCGACAAGGCCAUGGAGGGCUACUUCAAGAGCUCUUUACAAUCAACUCCUUCUGAUAUCGAGCGGAGCCGGAAGAAGUAUUACGAGCAGCUGCCGGCCAAGUUGGUUAUCGCUCGCGAACUUGCGAGGAAUGUUAGGGAGCCUACGUCAGAUGAAGUCAAGUACCCGCCGCCGACAGAGGUCGAGUUGAGGGCGGAGCGGAUGACGAAAGAGAAACGAUGGCGGAAAGACCUUAGAGGAUGGGAGAUCGUCAAGCCCUCGCAAGAGGUUCCUUGGGAUCCAAGGUUCGAAAAUGCACUCACCAUUUUUAUCGACCCUCCGAAAGAGUCAGAAUAUAAGGAGGAACUCAGUGCUAAUGAUACUCAAUCUAACUAA